AUAAUAAUACAUCAUCGAGCCAUAACAUUGGCGGAAUCCAUUGAAACAUCAUUUACAAUAAUGAAUGGGAUCGUAGUUUUGCUGGCCAUGAUACUAAUCAGUAUUACAGGACUUGAAAUAAUUAUUAAAAUGGAUGAGCCUGUCGAAGUGAUUAGAUACGCUACAUUUGCAGGUGGCGUGAUUCUCCACUUGUUAUUCAUAAGUUUACCAGGUCAAGAAUUAUCUGAUCAUAGCAGUCAAGUAUCGGAAGGAAUUUACAGUUGCAAUUGGUCUGCGAUGUCUCUGAAGGCGCAAAGACUGAUAUCCAUCAUGUUGAUGCGUAGCAUGAAACCAAUGCAGAUGACCGCUGCAAAAUUUUACCCUCAGAAUUUGGAGAGUUUUGGGAAAGUCUUGAAAACUUCGUUUUCGUUCUUCACAGUGAUGCUGUCAAAUCGAUGA